AAUCAUGUGUAAUGAUUAAAUUAGUAACAUUCAUUAUCGUCACAAUUUGUUUUGCAUAGUUUUGGUGACUACCACUGCCCCAGAAAAUAUACACCCACGGUUUUAUGAAUAGCCAAUGGCUGGUCAUAUUUUGAUUGUACUUUUGAGCAUGCAUAAUGCGGUAGUCACAAAUUUAAAAAUAGAGAUUUGCAAAGUACUUCAAGAGACUUGGAUUUUUUUGUGGUUUUUAUUAAAUUGGUUUGUCAUAUUUGAGGUUCUAGGGCUAACAUUGUAGUAUUUAUUGUUUUGUUUAUUUCUGUAUAUUUCAGAUGUUUUCAAAAGCAAAAAUCGUCCUCUAAGUAUCUGCGUAAUGAUUACAUGUGGGUAACCAUCGGAUCAUCUUCUUAUAUUUAAAUUGUUUUAAUUUUUUUUUAUUAAUGUUUUUGUUAUAUAUAAUGCAUUUAAUUUUCUGAUAGGUUUACUUACAGUUCCAAAAAUAUGGUAUAUACAUGUAAAGUCCUCUCCUGAAACUGUAAUGUUAUUAAUUUGUACUACAAUGUUUGUUUUAAUACGUCAUAUAAAUUACAGUUAAAAUAUGUUACAAAUUAAAAAGUUUUCUGCUUUAAAUCAACUUCGAAAAUGGAAUUUGUAUUCUCAAUGGAUGAAACGAUUUUCCACUGCAAUGUCAAAAAAAUCGGAUGCAAAUACUUCUCUUUUCUCUGGAAGCUGCACUGGCUCAUUCUUUCAAGACAAACCAGAAGUGGGAAAUCAAUUCACAGGGGAUCAUUUGCUGAAAAGUGUUUUAAAGAAAUUGCUUCCUGCUGAUGUAUUUAAUGAUAUUGAGGUGGAUCUACAAAAUUUCGGAGAAUCUGUAUCAGGUGAAAUUCUGGCUCAUCAUAAUAAUGUAUGUUGUAAUGAACCAGUUUUGGAACAAUACGAUGCUUGGGGAAAACGAGUGGACAACAUUAUUAUGCAUCCGUCCUGGAAAUCCCUUCAUGAUAUCGCAGCUAAAGAGAAAUUGAUAUCCAUUCCAUAUGACAAUAAUUAUGAGGAAUGGAGCCGCAUUUAUCAAAUAGCGAAAUUGUAUUUAUUUUCACCUGUAAGUGGGUUAUACUCGUGCCCUCUAGCAAUGACAGAUGGUGCUGCAUCCAUUCUAAAGAAAGAAUCAAGAGAACCUUUUAUUACUGCUUUUGACAAUCUGACUUCUAACGAUUCUAAUGUUUUUUGGACAUCUGGUCAAUGGAUGACAGAAAAACAAGGAGGUUCUGAUGUAGGCAAUGGUACCGAAACCUUUGCUGUGCCACAAACCGAUGGCACAUAUAAACUUUAUGGAUAUAAAUGGUUUACAUCAGCAACAGAUGCCAACAUGAGUCUGACAUUAGCAAGAAUCGUUGAUAAAAGUGGGAGAAUAACAAAAGGGUCAAAAGGUUUGACAAUGUUUUAUUUGGAAACCAGAAAAGCGGAUGAGAGUUUAAAUGGUAUCAGAAUAGAGAAAUUAAAAAAGAAACUUGGCACAAGACAAAUGCCUACGGCUGAACUAAUAUUGGAUGGUGCGACUGCAUAUCAAUUAUCGGAAAUUGGAAGAGGCAUUGCAUCUAUAUCUCCCAUGUUGACAAUAACUCGAAUUCACAAUUCAGUAAUGGCUGUCUCAAACAUGAGAAGGUUACUCAAUUUAAGCAAAGAUUUUGCAAGAAAAAGAUCAGCAUUUGGAACACAGCUUUGCAACCAUCCAGUUCAUGUUCAAAUAUUAGCAAGAAUGGAGGUUGAACAACAAGGUGGUUUUGUUAUGUUGAUGAAAGUCUCAUCACUUCUCGGAAGAGUGGAGAACAAAAAAGCAUCUGAUUAUGAAAGAUUGGUAUUUCGGAUUUUGACACCAUUGCUUAAGUUAUACACUGCAAAGCAGGCAGUCUCGACAGCAUCGGAAGGUUUAGAGAGUUUUGGUGGACAUGGAUACUUAGAGGACACCGGGCUACCUGUUUUUUUAAGAGAUGCACAAGUUCUUAGUAUAUGGGAAGGAACUACCAACAUAUUAUCCCUAGAUGUGUUAAGAUCUAUUGCAAAGACAGAGGGAGAGGCAUUAAAGGCUUUGUUUACUGACGCAUUUACAUUAAUUUCAAAAACUCACAACAGCAAUAACCUUCUCCAAGAAAGCCAUAAAGUCUUGACAAAUGCCAUCCAUGCUAUGCAGCACUUUUCAAAUGAAUUUCAUAGAAAAGAUGAGGCAUAUUUAUCAUCAGCUGCCAGAGAUUUUGCGUACUCAUUAUCAAGGAUUUAUAUUGGUUGUUUGUUGUAUGAAAAUGCUGUAAACAGUUGUAAUAACGAUGCAUCCACACAUGUUGCUUACAGGUGGGCAGUUUGUCAAGAUUUAAUACCAGUAGUCACAAAUGACAGGAAGUCUUUAUACAGUACUCAUUCGCAUAGAUUUGAUAACCUUAUAACAUAUGGCGAUUUGUGAUAAUUGUUGUAAGUGGAAGUUUAUUAUGUUGAAUCCAUUGUGAUGCCAAAUAGUUUAUGCUCUUGUACAAAAAGUUGUCCAAUUCACAUCAGGUGCUUUGACUGAACUAAUAUAGACAAUGUUUUAUGCCAUCUAUCAUAAUAUUAACUGGUUCUGUGUGACCUAAAAACUAGUUAAAAAUUAGCAGUAGAUUGAAAAAUUAGUACUGUAUUGAUGCAUAUAAUUUUGACCAACACCAGCACUUUUGCAACUUCUAUUGCACUUAAGAUUACCAAGACAACUUUAUUUUGUCACAGAAAUCUUUCUGAGAAAUUUUGUCACAUGACUUAUCUGUACCCAAUUUUUUUGGAUUUAACCCAACAAUUGAGAAAAAUUGGAUUUUUGGGCAAUUUUGUACCUUUCAUUCUUACUAUCCAAAAACCAGAAAAUAUGUUAAAUAACUUUUAUUUAGAAUGUAAAAAUUCGCUCUAGAACUUAAGUAAUUGAAUUUUAAGCACAUACAGGUAUGUUAGACAAAUUUCAAGCUUUUGAUGCCGUCACAGAAAAGGUGCUGACAUAAGCAAGAAUUUAUUGCUGUUAUUUUGUUUCUUUCAUGACAUACCAUAAGUGUGCCAAGUUUGAUACAAUUUGGACAAGCCUUUUAAGAGUUAUGGGUUAUGAAAGGGUCGACGUCUGUGUAGCAAAAGCAACCGUAAAAUUAUACUCAUGAGAUUAAUUUCCAAAGACACUUUGCAAACUUUUAGAAUAAAAGUAACCAUGCUGUAGUACUCCUCCACCAGCUCCAUUACCAAUCAUAAAUGUCAAGGAAGUGGAGAAAGUUUUCCCCCUGAGAGUGCCUGCAUUAUCAUUCCUUUCAACUGCACCAAAGUCACCACUGCCAACAAAUGUGUGUUUUAAAGUUUUACUAAUUCGGAUAAUUUGGAUAAUUAUCUUUUCAAAUUCUUUUCUUGUGGUAUAAGAUUGCAUUGCAUUCAUGUUUUUACACGUUCAAUAAUGCAACAUGUUCCAGACGAGCAAGCUUUUCAGUUUUUGCUGUUUCAUCCUCUUUUCCUUUUUUUAAGGCUACUUUUUUCUUUUACUCCUUUCCCUUUCCUUCUCUUUGUCUAACCCAUUACCUGUGUAAGUAAAAUAUAGAAUGAAUUUAAGCACUAAAAUAGCAAUAUAAAAAUGACAGCAGAAUGCAAAUGCCUAAAAAAACUUAAAAUUGUACAAGAAAAAUUGGCAACUUGCCAAAUCAAAAUUAGUUUGCAAGGCAAAUACCACCCUAUUCUGGGCACUGGAAUGGAAUUAUAUAUAAACAUUUACACGCAUAUCACUAUCGGUUUCUUGCAGAUUGCGGUCCAUAAAUAUGUAGUCAAGGUCAGCCAUUAGCCAAGAAUGGAAUCAGAAUAUCUUAACAUUGUUAGCAGCAAUCCACAGCAGCAAUAAAAAAGUAAAUUUAAACAAUUAGGGUGGUAUAUAACCCUCUAACACAAGACUUUUUUUAAAUAAUUAAAUUUUAUCUGUUCCAGCCCUUUCAUGGGCCUUACACACAUUGUUAUAACUAAUAAAACACAUUUUUGUCAAAAAAAUAUUUUCAUGUCAUUAAUUAUGCAAACAAUAAUCAGUUUUUUGGCCCAAAAACCAUACUUCCUUCUAACAAAGAUAUCUAAACUAUGAAAUAUCCAAAUAGUGAUAAAAUUAGACAGCGUGCCAACAAUAUGUUGGCAAAUGUUCUGAACCUCUUAAAUUAUAAAAAAAUUUGACAAUCACUCAUAAUUGGCGGCAAAAUGUUUAGUUAUUUUCUGUAAUCUUUGAAACCAAUAACCUACCUAUAAUUUACUAGGUGAAACAUGCUUAUAACACUUAUAUUUUAAUUUUAGCACAUUUGAAAUAUUUUGACGAAACCUAUGCUAAAAAUUUUGUGCAAUUAGAAAAUUUGAAAACACGUAAAAAUCAAAACUAAGAAAAUCAAAGUUAAAAACUUUAUACAAAUAUAAUAACACAUAAAUACUUUAAAAAGCUCCACUGGAAUAAGUUUUUCCUUCUUUUUCAGUAUUUUUGUCAGCAAAACCUUUUCUAAUAGCUCUUAAUGAAUUUCUUCUAUGUUUGACAUGUUCGCUUGACUUUCGAGCCAUUGAGCCAGAACUUCCGGUAUGAUUGAUCGGUCAAUCGUGGGUAUCUCUCCACAUGUAUGUCCAAAUGUAAUCUGGUGUAUCAUUUUUCCUAUCCCAAUUACUGUAACUUUUACAGUUCUUACUCAGGACUUCAAAGUCAGUGCAUAUUCCAGACUAAAUUGCAGUUACAACACCAUUGUGCAAUGCAUAGCCGCGUCGUUGCCAAGAUCUAUCGAAACUGACCACUGCGUCCACACCAGUAUUAUUAUUGUAUUCUUCCUGAAGUGCAUUCUGUCUGAUUUCUUCGGUUGCCUUGUUCAUUGACUCCCUGGCAGACUGAACAUAGUCUCGAAUGAUGAGGGGGGCAUAGGUUUGUGCAUAUUCAUCAUAGCACAGAAUUUUUGUUGAGUGUUACCUUUUUCUGCAAAAUUAAGCCUUUUUUGAAAGGUUUUUUUCCACACAAUCUUCGUUUCUAUUACUAUGCUACUUUCUCUUUACUUUUUUGAUUUUAAAUAACACUUUUGUGAUCCCAUUAAUACUAAUAUUAAGCACAAGGAAUAACUUGAGUGAGCAGUAAUAAAUUUAACCAACCCACCCAAAGGCCCAUCCAAGUUGGAAAAGUUUUGGUGGUUUUAAGUGAUAGUUUUUUAACUGGUAGACAAAUCAUUCAACAUAUGGAGGAACAUUCUGCCUGGCUUUACUUCUUUGGCAGUGAAAGAUAGUGAGCCAAUCAAGGAAAGCAAUUCCCAUUUAGUGCUCUUUUUCCUUCCAGACCAAGCUAAUAAAGAUUCAUGAAACUCUCUGUACUUUUCCACUGAGAGUCAACCUCAAUGCUCACAUAGGUUAAAGUUUGUGAGGGUCCUGUGGUUUUGUGCUCCGCAAUACGGACACCUAAUUCAGUGCAGAUCGAUUGAAUGGAUUCCAUGUAACUAUUAAUUUCUGCUGCAGACCUCCCACAAAUGAAGAAAUUGUCUAAGUAAUGAACCACAAAUGGAAUAGCUAUAACAGUGAGGAAGAUUCAACAUAACAAAUCUUCAAAACAGUAAACAAAAAGGGCGAUGAGCGGCUGCCAAAUGGAAAACGAGUGUCCGCAAAAUAAUUACCCUGCCAACAGUAGACUAAUAAACCCCUUUGAAAAAAAGUUCUCCCAAUUUUCUUUCAAUUUGAAUUAUUUAUAAAUAAAACAUGCACCACCAUACCGUAUGAUUAAUUUUUGAAAUUUCGUGAAAGAUGUAGCGAUCGAGUGCAGGUUUGUGCAGACGGUAACAUGAAGUCUUCUCGAUCUUCGCUAUUGAAAUCUACAUAAAUUAAUUCUACAGAAUAAAUGUCUUCUCCUGUGACAAAGCUUAAAAAUGUCCCCACACCUUUCGAUGGUAGCGUAAGCAAAAACACUUUCAAAAAGUCAAACACGGUUUCCUCUGCAGUAUGCACAUAAGAAUGAUCCUAAAACAAAACUAGAGUCCUUUAGGCCUUUAGGUCAGCGCGACUGAGAACUUUAAAUGUGUGAGUGAGAAUUGUUUAUCCACGAAAGUAAAAAAGAAAAUUUUCUUCCGCUUCAAGAUAGUAAAAUUUACCCACUUUCCUCUGAAUAACGAUAUUAGUUCAAAUAUUGUCUCACUUCUUAUGCUUGGUUUCCACUGCGAGAUAGCGUGAGAUCAUUGGCAUAUUACUGGGCACGGAGAAAGGAAGUACUAUUUCUCGAAAGUUCAAAUAAAUAGGAAUCUGACUUUUCAAUUUGAAUAUUCCCGUUUUCAGUUGCAAUUGAAUUGGGCAGUUCGUCUAAAGCAAGAUAUUGACUGGUGUAACCUAAAGGCUGGCGUAAAGAUCAUUCCCUAGUGUCAAAAUUCGAUCAAGAUCCCAUUCAGUCCAGUAACGCACAGACGCAAUAGAAGGGUAACAGAUGGCCCACAAAGCAUUGCACACGCAUUGGCUACCCGCUGAUUCUCCAAAUCUAGAAUGACCUUGAUGAAAUGAGCCCAUUACUAUUUUAUCUGGGUUGACAGGCCCAGGGUUGGACUAAACGUCACUAGCCAUUAGAAAAGCCAAAGUAAUAUUUACACAAAAAUUGAACAGAAUGGAGCUGGCCUUAAUAAGAGCGAGAAAAUUUCUUCAGAAACAGUAGAUCUGAACUGAGCUGAGUGGUUGAACCAAAAGUUCCAAUAGCAAUGCGAUAUGUAAAAAUACAACAAAGUAGAACAGUAAAAUUAGAUAGCUAUAUAUAUAUUUUAUAUAUAUUAUUUUUUAUUGUAAAAAAAAUCUAUUCUAUAAGUUAUAUAUAUGUAAAAUUAUAUUGUAAGAUCAAGGUAGUGUCCAAGUCUGACAAGAGAUUAAAUAGUAACAAAGUAAACAUGUGUAAACAAGUAACCAAGUAAAUCGUUGUUCUUUCGCUUGACCUAUAAGAAAAGAAGAAAAAAAAUUACACAAUAUUUUUUAAGCAAAGUGAAGAAACUUUUGCAAGAAGGAAAAUUUGCGAAAAUUAGGGACCAUCAAACGCUCCAUUUUCCAUUUUACAAUCCAAAUUAAUGCCCCAUAAAGUAAAUUAUGAGGAUAAUGCUACUAAAUAUAUCAAGACCGUAUUAAAGAGAAAAAAUAGUUAUAUUGAAGAAGAACUACUUUGUUCAUCACUAACAUACUGCCAAGCGGCUCCCAGUUCUGGGGACCGCGGAUCGAAUCCCGCUCACUGCUUGGCAGUAUGUUAGUGAUGAACAAAGUAGUUCUUCUUCAAUAUGACUUACAUGCAUUUUACAUUGCAUUAUGAGCGAAGCAGAUUUUCACCAAGAACUUCAUUAUUUUAAAUAUGACAGACGAAAAGUCUGAUGGCUGAUAAUGUAUUUUUACCGAUAAAUUCUACGGUCCAGUACCAAAAUUUUAAAUCGGCUAUGAAAAACUGUGUUUUUGAAAUAUCCACCAUCUUUGAAAAUUGGGACAAAAACUCAAAAUUGGCAAAUAAUAUUUAAAAUCUUAAAAAUGGAAUUAUUUUCGCCAAAGGCCAAAAUUUUGACAGAAAUUAAUUUUUGUGAAUCGGUCACUUUUAGAUUCUAAAGUUGCAAAAUCCGCCACAAUUUAUUCCUGCUGUAAUUGCAGGAAACAAUAUAUAUAUAUAUAUAUAUAUUGUCCAACCCAUGCUAGCAUGGAAAACGGACGUUAAGCCGAGAAUGAUGAUGAUGAUGUGCAAUAUUAUGCAAUUUUUACAUCUAUGGCAACAGGGGCACGAAGGCAUGGAGAAUUAGUGUCUACUGAAUCAAAAUGUAUUCAUUCAAGAUGACAGAGAGAGUUGUGUGCACUAGUACGAGCUUUAAAAGCAGUUUCACAAACAAAAUAAAUAAUCACAAAUGCAUAAAACAUGCUACACAAAUAUCAGGGUGCGAAAUUGGCCAGACGACUUCGAUUUUAACUGUAAAAUACGAUCGUUUUAUCGAAUGUAUCUCUCCUGUCUCUGGACCCAAAGCGAUAUUUUUUUCUGCCAUGGAUAUUAACGUCGAAAAGAUCAACCCCCAUCCUCCUAACCUCGAAUCGAUACAGGAGAGAUAUAUUUGAUAAAACGAUCGUAUUUUACAGUGCCUGGAUCUUGUCUAUUUACGAGCGGAAGAGAGGGGAACCUUCCAUGUAGCAUCAAACAAACUACAUUUGGUCAGAAUGUACUUCCGUCAUCAUGAUGGCAGAGCGUGCUGGUGGAGGUGGGGGUUUUCAAAGUAACGUUGAAUCAACGCUUAGUUUGGCAAUGUGAGCAUAUGAAUGCCUACCCUAAACGAAGAUGGCAAAUUUUUUUGCCCGCCCAUCACAUUUUCAUAUGCAAAAAUGACACGAACCGAACAUUUUAUUGAUGUCGGCUUUAGCAGUUAGUAGGUCAUUAACUAGCUAUAUUUCAGUUAGUAUAUAGCUAGCUAGCUUAUUAUAUGCAGUGCGACUGGCAAAAAUUAGAAACCUGUUGAGGUUUUUGGAUACUUAAAUGCAUUAACGGUAGCUACCUAAUAGCUAGCUAGCUAUAAAACAAUAAAUAGAUAAGUAGAAUAACUUGUCUUGAAAAUGGUCAACGAACAACAAAACCAGUUAGAUCUUCAGUGUACUACCAGUCGGACAGCCAAAACCGGAAAUAUAUUUUGUUUUAUAUAUAUUUUAGCUGUAUUUCAGAUCUGAUCAAAUCAGUUUCUUUCUUUUAAAAUGUCGUUUGGUUCUUGAAACUUAUGAUUCCUGCAUCCUGAUUGGCUGAUGAGUGGAAAACGGCCUUUGGAUUAAGUAGGUGGUAAUAAGGUGGUCGGGAAGCUGACUAGGGACGGACAGAAUAACACACGAACACAAAAAGGCAAACUGAAAUGAAAGAUCAGCUACCUGACGGCGCUGACGAAAUAUGGGGUACAAAAUUUAUUAAACCUUUUGAAAGAGUCCAUGAACAGGAGAAAACAAAUUAAAUGCAUUAGUAAAUCAAUUAUUUGAUAUAAGAAUAAAUUUGAAGGAUAUAUCAUAUCUAUUUUGUAAUAACAUUGAACAGACAGUGAAUCUUUCCCCUUCGUAAGACAUGGCUUAGGUAAUGCGUCUGGCAAACGAUAUAACUUGUAGGAUACUAUUGAAACCUUUGACUCUGCCUUGCUUUUGCUUGUUUCUUUUUUCUUUGUGCCUGAAAAAAAUAACUCUUAUCAACUACAUUUCCAUUUAGACAAGUUUUCUUUUCCUUUUUAUUGGUAGAGAAGGUUAAUUUUUUAUAAAAAUUUGUAUAUUAAAAGUACAGAGUACACUAAAAGUUUUAGCUAGAUUUUUGAGACACACUAAUAUCAAAAUAAAAGAAACAAAUUAGAUAAUAAACACAACUUGCAGUUGGAAUUGUAUGUAGCGAUACAACUGUUUCUGUCACACGCAGACUUUAUUGGUAUUUUUAUCUGUUGUAAUACCGUUUAGAUAUAGUAAUAAAUACUUCUCAGUAAUCAUUGUGAUAUCUUUUUAUCUAUCAAUAAAACAACCAACUCUUGGAGAUAGGUAGUUUUUAAGUCGAACCUAGAUGGCAUUGCUAAAACACAAAAGCUUAUCUAACUUCUUCAGAUUUAAAGACAUGUUGCCCAAAGAAUUAAAGUCAGGCGUCAUUUACAAAUUUAAAUAAGUGGCUGCAACGCCACUUAUUUAAGUGAGACGUCGCGUCAUCUUAAGGUUCGGGCAAGCGAAUU